GUUACCAUUUCUUUGUUUGUUUAUUGAAACAAAACCCUUUUUUGUGUAACAAUCCCUGAUUUUCUGGCAGUUUCUGUGGAUUCUCCUUAUCACUGCUUUGCAAAGUUGUUGUCUUGUUUCUUCUUCUUCUGCCAUUUUUGAUACCAUUCACAUUGGCAUUGCCAAUUAUCUUUCCUUCCUUUGGUAUCUAACCAUUUUUUCUCCAAGUUCAGAUCUGUUGAGUUUCUUGUGUUUGUUGAUUUGUCUCUCAGGUAAACAAAAGAAGCAGCUGAAGCGGUGUUUGUUGUUUAACUUCUCAACCUCUUUUGAAGUGUCAUAGAAUAAAGGGUACAUUCACAUAGUGCAGAAUAUUGUUUUGUUUUGCGUUGUUAGCUUGUAAAGUCUUGUACUUUCAUGAAUGCAUCUGCUUAAUCUAGCUAUGUCUAUCUCUUGCUGAGUGUUCUUCUGGCUUUUUGAACUUGUUUUCUUUUUUCUUACUCAAGAUCUUGAAAAGAAAGGGUUUUUCUGUGAUUUGGGAGUUUUAGGUUCUGGGUCUGUAUUUGUUUUGCUUCACCUUUGCAAAGUUUGAAUUUUUUUGUUAGAAGAUAAUUGAGAGGUACUGUUUGGGAAAAAGCCACAAUGUGGAGGGUUCUUGGGGUAGGACACUCUUAUUUACUGAUUCUGAUGGUGUUAGUCUCAGUGAGAUUGAGCAUUGUUGAGGCUCAAAAAAAGUCCUUUCUCAUAAACUGUGGUUCAAACUCUUCUGUGAAUGUGGAUGGUAGAAGAUGGGUUGGGGAUAUGAGCCCUAAUAAUAAUGUCACUCUUAGUUCCCCUGGUGCUGCAGUAUCCACCUCUCCAUUGAGUGGAAGUUCUAUCUAUGAUUCACUCUACAAAACAGCCAGGAUUUUCACUGGUUCUUUGAAUUACACAAUCAAAGAUCUUCAAGGGAACUAUGUUCUUAGGUUCCAUUUUUCCCCCUUUGUGGAUGUUGAGGACUACAAUGUGAAUAAGUCCUCAUUUAGUGUGGUGGCUAAUAGUCUGAAACUACUCUCUGAGUUCAAUGUUCCGGAGAAGAUUUCGCAGUUGCAGAAUUCAGGAAAGAAUUCUAGUUCAUUCUCCUUGAUUAAGGAGUACCUUUUUGACAUCAGUGCAGAGCUUGUGAUUGAGUUUGUUUCAACUGGAAACUCCUUUGGAUUUGUCAAUGCCAUUGAAGUUGUCCCAGUUGUGGAUGAGCUCUUUGCCAGCUCAGUCAGAAAAGUUGGUGGUGGAAACUUGAAUGUGACGGGACGUGGAAUGGAGACUAUGUAUAGAUUAAAUGUUGGUGGUCCUGAGAUUCAACCUGAUCAAGAUCCUGAUCUUUGGAGAACUUGGGAAAUGGAUUCUGGCUAUAUGAUCACACAAAAUGCUGGCAUAGGAAUUAACAACAGUUCUAAUAUCACUUAUGCUUCUGCAAAUGAUACUUCAGUGGCUCCUCUACUUGUAUACGAAACUGCAAGGGCAAUGUCAAACACAGAAGUCUUGGACAAGAGAUUUAACAUGUCCUGGAAAUUCGAAGUGGAUCCCGAUUUUGAUUAUUUGGUCCGGCUACAUUUCUGCGAGUUGGUUUAUGAUAAGGCGAACGAGAGGAUUUUCAAGAUCUACAUAAACAACAGGACUGCUGCAGAUAAUGUUGAUGUUUAUGUUCAAGCAGGAGGGAAGAAUAAAGCAUAUCACCUGGACUAUUUCGAUGCCAUGUCUUUGAGCAUUGACACAUUAUGGGUUCAACUAGGUCCUGAUGCAGGUGCUGGUGCUGCGGGAACUGAUGCUCUCUUGAAUGGACUAGAGAUCUUCAAGCUUAGUCGAAAUGGGAAUCUAGCCUAUGUUGAUAAACAUGACUCAGCUGGCAAUGCAGCAAGCAAAUCAAAAGUUAUUUGGGUUGGAAUUGGAGCAGGUCUAGCUUCUAUUGCUGUAAUUGCAGUUAUAGUUAUUCUUGUUUUCUGUUUCUGCAGAAGCCAGAAGAACAAAUCAAGUGACACGAAAAACAAUUCUCCUGGUUGGCGACCUUUGUUCCUUGUUGGGGCGGCUGUGAACAGCACCAUGGCCGCGAAGGGAUCAUCAGGAAGUCAAAAAGCAUAUGGAUCUGUGGUCUCAACAAGAGCUGGCAAGCACUUCACAUUGGCUGAAAUCAUUGCUGCCACAAAAAAUUUUGAUGAGAGCUUGGUAAUUGGAGUUGGAGGCUUUGGUAAGGUGUACAAGGGGGAGAUUGAUGGUGGUGUCCUUGCUGCGAUCAAGCGAUCCAACCCGCAAUCUGAGCAAGGCUUGGCUGAAUUUGAGACAGAAAUUGAGAUGCUCUCCAAACUCAGGCAUAGGCAUCUUGUGUCAUUGAUUGGUUUCUGUGAAGAAAAGAAUGAAAUGAUUCUGGUAUAUGAGUAUAUGUCCAAUGGAACUCUUAGAAGCCACUUGUUUGGGAGUGAUCUUCCCCCAUUAACUUGGAAGCAACGUCUUGAGGUGUGCAUUGGCGCUGCUAGGGGACUUCACUACCUACAUACAGGAGCCGAGCGUGGUAUAAUUCACAGGGAUGUCAAGACAACCAACAUAUUGCUGGAUGAGAACUUUGUAGCCAAAAUGGCCGAUUUUGGUUUGUCGAAAGAUGGACCGGCUUUGGACCAUACUCAUGUUAGUACAGCUGUGAAGGGAAGCUUUGGCUAUCUAGACCCAGAGUACUUCAGGAGACAGCAGUUGACUGAGAAAUCGGAUGUGUACUCGUUUGGGGUUGUGUUGUUUGAAGUUGUUUGUGCUAGAGCUGUGAUCAACCCAACCUUGCCUAAAGAUCAGAUCAAUCUUGCAGAAUGGGCAAUGAGAUGGCAAAGGCAAAGAUCAAUUGAAACAAUCAUUGAUCCUCAUCUUAGAGGAAACUAUUGUCCCGAAUCCUUGGCGAAGUUUGGGGAGAUAGCCGAGAAAUGUCUCGCGGACGAUGGGAAGAGCAGGCCAACUAUGGGGGAGGUGUUGUGGCACUUAGAAUAUGUGUUGCAGCUACAUGAAGCUUGGUUGAACAGGGACAGUAUUGUAACUUCCUUCUCAAGUAGCCAAGAUUUGAGAGGUGCAAAAGAUGGAGGACUAGAAUUGGUGCAUGAGUCUUCAAGUCAAGAUGAAGAAAAUGAAUGAGGCCAUAAUCAAUUGAGUUCAUUGAUUCUGAAUGCUAGUAGCCUAGUAGUUCAUUGAGAUCAUUGAAGAACCACUACCACAACUUUACAUAUUCUUUAAAUUUGUUUUAUUGAAUGAAGUAUUAUUUCCCCCUCCCCCCAACUUUCAUAUUUUUUUUUUUUUUAAAUUUUGCAUCUGAUUCUUGUAUACAUUGUAGUGGAAUGGUUAAGUUAUCAACAUUUUGUCUA